AAAUUGACAUUCUAAAUUAUAAUCCGGAGGCAGACGGUGGGAGAGGUAAUACAGUUUGUUGGACCAAUGUUCUGUGGGUGAACGAGACCAGCUUCCAAGCUGGUUUCCCAGACCUGGAAAAAACAGGAAUCAGCCCAUCUAUAACGACACUGCAGACCAUCAGGACAGCAGAUGGUUCACACCUCACAAUUGGUGGAAAGUGUUUGCACAGACAGGAAGAUCAAAAUGUGUCUUGUGAUAACCUGCCUUCCACUUUGCCUUUAUCGGUUCCGGAGAGCACUUGAAUGUUGCAGUCAUGUCUCUGAGCUCUAGAGGAUUCUGCAUCAUAAGAGCAAUACUCCAGAAGGAAUGUCUUUAUAGAGCUACAAAUCCAUUUCUUUUAUUGGACAGAAGUAACUUCAAAAGUGACCCAUAAUGCCCACAAGUAAUAAGUGAAGACAUAAGGCAUUCUUAAAAACAUAACAUUUUCCUCAAAAUGGGAGAUCUGUUUCUUCUUCUCCAGGAGCUGCAUAGGGAUGUGUUGGUAGGCACUCCUUUAACAAAGAAUAGCCAUGAUUAUGCCUAUUUCCUCAAUCCGUAUGUUUCAACACAAGACUCAGCUGUAAGAGGUAAUGAAUCACAUAAUCAAAUAUGCCUAGAAUCUCCAAAGUGUGGCUCUUGGAGCCAUCAGGAAUCUGCUGUUUCAGAAGCUAUUACCCUUGUGACAGAUAAUAAAUCUGCUGUCUUUGCAAACAUGAACUCUUCAAUGUUCUGCUCACGGGAAAUGAUACUGCUCCAGUUAACCUUGGUGAAGAUGAUGAUUGCCAAAAUACAGUCCCAGGAAAUUGAAUUCAGCAUAAGACGGAAGUACUGCGAUAUAAUUACUGUUCUUCUGAAAGAGAUGAAAAGUGAUUCAAAAUUAAUUUGUCUGUGCAGCAGUUCUGAUAAGCUGUUAUCUCACAUGGCUUCAAAAAGUAUUGCCUCCCUUGUAUAUUUCCAGCUAAAGGAAGAGAAUACAUUUAAUGUUACCUGGCUCACUUUUUGUUUGAAGACAUUGUCAGACUUCCCUAAGAGUGAUCAAGUAGCAGAAUGUCUUUGGAUUCUUAGAGCUAUUAUUAGAGACAUUUUGAAAGAUAAAGAUUUGCAGAAAGCAGACAUACUGAAGAAGGUUUUUACUCCUCUUGAUACUGCAUUUGAAGGAUUUUACAAUUCCAUUUUGUCUCAUCGUUUAAACAGCUGCCAAGAUACUUCAUGUUUUAAAGCUGAAAACAACUUGAUUGGAUUUAUAGAUUUUCUUGAAGUUCUUGUGGCCUCAAGAAUCCAACUAGGGUCACAUUUCAAAUGCCAAAGAAUUUUAUUUUUUAAUACAUCUUACAUCUUGGACCUCACUUGUUCAUCCAUUCAUUAUUUUAUCAAGAAGAAAUUCAUUAUGCUCCUUAAAAAAAGUCUACUUUAUAAAGCUGGUGAAGAUUUUGUAAGUGGAUCAUUACCCACUUUAUCCCUACAAGAUCCUUAUUUGUAUAAGGAUAUGUUAGCACUGGCUAACAUUGUUUUGCAAGCUGUGAGUUUAGGGUGGCUGAAUCAAAUACCUGUUUCUGGAAAAGCCAGCUAUUUUGGAGGCAAUGAAGCUCAACCUGAGGAUAGCAUCCACAGUGGUCCUGACCAAGUAAUCCUCAGAGCCUUAAGUUUGGUUUUACUUAAAGCUUUAGAGAUCAAGUUCCAGGACUCUAUUAAAGCAGCUGAAAUAAAAGCAGACUUGCAGAGUUUCAUGUUCCAGCUAUUGAUAUUCUUGAAGCAACAUUUGAAGCCUUUAUUAAAUGAACAUUGUUGUGCGUGGCUUUCCAUGGUCUUUAUAGAACAAGAUGAUGACAUGCUGGAAGCUGCUAAAACACUGUUAACAAUUUAUUUAAAGUUUGAUAGAUUAUGGCAUGAUGCAGCUGGUAACUUGUGCCUUGCAAAAGAAAAAGAAACCUGGAUCUGCCUGACACAUGAGAGUGGCUGUAAUCCUCACUGUAUCUUUUUAUAUUUCCUAAAAAGCAUUGCAUUUGAUUUCACAGUUCUUCUUGAUUUUUUGAUUUCAUCAGAAACCUGCUUCCUUGAGUACUUCGUAAGAUAUUUAAAACUUCUUAAAGAAGACUGGCAUCAUUUUGUCAGCAUCUCUAACUGCUUUGCUAUUGUGUCUAAAAGAAACGUGUGUGUUUCUUUUGUCACGUUAUCCCACCAAGAAAAAAUAACUUGUCUGACAGAUUCGAGUUUGGAAAAUGCUUGUUGUGAUCCAGAACAACACACACUGGUAUCUUUGGCUUCUUCCCAGAAGCCUUCUAUACACAUGGAAAAGCAAGGUGAUGACCAAGUUCUAAAACCCAACAAGUCUAACUCAUUGAUAUGCACUGAUAACACCUCAGUAUUGGAUUGCUUUCAAAGCCUUGUUAAUUAUGACAGUUCAGAAGAUUCUGAAUUGGAAUCAGCGGGAAAUGAAUGUUUGGCAAACAUAAAGCAGAUGCCUUUAAAUAAUCAAGGCAGUACAGAGAUAAGGGAGGAAACUGUUCGUAUGGACCUAGAUGACAAACACCAUACACUUGAAUCUAAAGCAUUGCCCCUGAAACAAAAAAGGUCUAAUCCCUCUUCACCCAUGGUAUGUAAUAUAUCCUCAAAUAACCCUGUGCUUCUCAAAUCAAUGAAAUGUUUGGAAGAAUUGCAAAAAGCAAUUUCUAGGUUACAGAGAAGAAACCUUUUCCCAUACAACCCAGCUGCAUUGUUGAAACUGUUGAGUCACAUUGAGACAAUCAGUAAAAGCAUGAAUCCACUAUAAGGUAGUGAAGUGCUAUUGUUGACAUUUUGAAGUGAUUUCACAGCACUGUGUGAUGGAAUGUUUCCACAAGAAGAGUGUACAUUCUCAGAGACAAAAUUCCUUUUAAACCUAUCAGCGUGUUUAGACCAAGCAGGCUAAACUGGCUGCCAGCUGACACUUUGAAAAGAAAAAUCUGCAGCAAUGUUUAAGUACCCAACCUGUUGUCUCACGGUGCCAACCUUACUCAUGGUAUGAAUGACAGAGUGAAGGUGAAUUAUUGGGUAUUAACAAAAUAAACAAUCAGUAAGUUAUUCACAUAAAGACAUAAUAAAGUACUUUAACUUGAAGUGUAAGGUGUAAUUCUUCCUAAUGUCAUUCUAACAUUGUAAGCCCCAACUAAGUUAUUAGUACGUUACCAACGCUGAUGCAAUGAUAAUUCUAGGCCCGCAUUCUUAGAAGCUCAGCUGUAUAAGAACUUGGGGGCAAGGUCAGUCUCUUCUAUGUUUCUACAGAACCUAGCACAACAGGAUCCUGAUCCAUGAGUGAGAGUCUUAGGCAUCGGGUAAUAAAAAAAUAUCCCAUUCCUCCACCUCUGUGCUUUAAUU